AUGGCAGCAGGACAGCGGAUCAAGGAAGGAUGCUUCGACUCGGCUCCACUCUCCUGUGAUGCUCCUAGGCGCAGCCCCGCUGACGUGACAUUUAGUUUGGAAGAAGUUUGCUACGGGCUUCAGUCGGAGAUCUUUCCGAGUGAAACAGUUGCAAAAGAUACCUCAUUACACGCCGACUACUUGAACGGCAUCGACGCAUCCAGUGAGCUGUGCAGUCAAGUGCAGAUUGCCUACAGCCAAUGCUUCUUUUGCCACCCCGAACGCGAUUUCAAGCAUGACUGCGAAAACACAGCUGGAAGCUCGCUUUGUGGUGGCGGUUUGCCAACACGAGAAGAAGUGAUUGAGAACAACGAGAGCGAGGUGUACGCUCGGUUUCAGACAGACGAAGAUAUUGAUGCUACUUGUGCGGAACUGGAGUGGGCAUACGACGGUAUCUACCCUUUUGAUAUCCCGAAUACAAUCGACCUCUGUGAGCGUCAGAUUGCAGUGAAGCAUCUCUGCCCGGGCUAUUGUGACGGGACGUGUUUUGACGAGGAUCUCAACCCUAAUUCUUGCAAUCCUGCAGACUUUUCAGGUCCUUUCAACGAGACCCUUGACUCCUUCGCCAUCUGCGACGAGCUACGUUAUCAAGCCUUCAACGAAGCACCGAUUGAACAUGUUCUAAACGUCUCCGUUCAUCUUGAUUAUCUCAGGGCAGUUCAAAAAAACUCUUCGUUCUGUAACCAAGCGAGGCAAGCAUAUUCACAAUGUUCGUGGUGCGCAGAGCAGCUAUGCUUCAGCGAGGAGAACCCAGCCACCUGUGAAGCCCCCACCGCAUCUGUCGUAGAUCUAGCUGCAGAGGAUCAUUUAGCAGAUAUCGAAAAGGCUUGUUUUGACAUAUAUUGGUCAUUCUACGACAUUUCAUUUCCAGACGAUGUCCUCAACGUUUCUCUGCAUACUGGAAGGAUACUCAUCCCUGAAAACACAACCACAUGCAACCGGGCUCGACAAGCUUAUCACUCCUGUUACUGGUGUGCUGAAGACCCACCAGUAGACUUUUGCCGCCAUGGUACCGUAUGCGCCUCCAACGUUUCUCUUCCCGAGAACUUCACCUCUACGGUACUGUCUGAUUUGAACAUUUCUACUGAAACAGCGCUGGAUUGUGAUAAAAUCUUUCAGUUCUGGAACGACACCUGGAGCGACCCUCUAUCCAUGCAAGGGUGCUACGAUGACAUUUAUCUAGCCCGAUUGUGCCCCGAGCAAUUCUGUUCACUAGAAGAUGCCUUGACGCUUGGGGAAGUUUACUUGGGUGCUACGACUACAGCCGAAAAGAGGGCGCUGAUCUGGCUUUCUCGAGUUGCAGCUAUUCUCUCUUUCUUGGGUGCUUCGUUCAUCUUGUACGACACACUGUCAGAUCCAAAAGCGAGGACAACGACGUAUCAUCAGCUUCUUGUAGGCAUGGCCAUCUUUGACUGUGUGACUGCCAUUGCAUGGUGCUUUGCAACCUUGCCCAUACCCAAGGAAGAAGCAGGUCAUGUCGAAGGUGCAAUGGGCACUGAAGCAACCUGUACAGCCCAGGCAUUCACAAUCCAACUUGGCUUCACCUCGGUAUUCUACAAUGCAUCCCUUGCUUUGUACUAUAUGUUGGUCAUAGCCUUUGGUUGGAGAGAGUUUCAGCUGAAAAAGAUCAAGCUUUACAUGCAUGCCGUCCCCAUCACUAUUGGACUAGGUCUUGCUUUAGGGGCUAUCCCCAGCUACCAUUGGAUUGAAUACGGAUGCCAUUUGCUCCCCCCUCCCGAGGGUGAAAUGUGGGCUGUGCUCGUAUUUUUUGUGAUUCCACUGGGCCUCAGCAUCAUUGCCAUCACGAUCUCCAUGCUGGUUGUGUACUGGAAAGUGAGGCAACGAGCUGCAGCAUCCAGGAAGUGGAGCCUUGGGAUAGGGAAGGUGGACUCUCUCGAGAAAAAAGUGUUCUGGCAGUGCCUCUUCUAUGUCUUGGCAUUCUACGUGACCUGGCCGCUAAUGUUCAGCGUGUACCUCGCCAGCAUUGAUGUUGAUGGACCACUCGGGCUUACAAUGACUGUGGCUUUUGUGGCACCCCUUCAAGGAUUCACAAACUUUUUAGUUUAUGUACGCCCUAAGCUGAGCAAGAGCCGAAGAUCCAGCUUUUGGAAGAAGGUCUAUCGAUCUGUUGGCGAGAGGGCUACGACAAUAUCUUCUUACGUGCAGCCCUCAGUCACAGAUCCCACGGAACAGCCGCACGAUGAUCCGUUGCUUGCAUUGGACCCGUCUGCCGCCUUGGCACACGAUGAGAUCAAAGCAUUUGGCCCCCGACCAAGUCGAGUGACACAGCACCGCGAACAACUGGAAAAAAUCAGCGAGCGUAUCCCCAGACUCAGUGAAGACGAGUGGAGUGACAGUCAGGAGCCUGAUUUCGUUCCAGAAACAAGGCAGCAUGGGACCGAAUCUGGCCUUCGCAGCUCUGAUGACAUGGACGCCACCACAGUCGAUGUCAGACUCGCGACUUUGGAACGGGAAUCUGAUCGUCGCAAUUCUCAUCACAAAUGCGACUACAAGGCACAUCUGGAGAGGCAAGACUCGCCUUCUUCUGAGCUUGUUUCUUCUUUUCAUGACUCUCAAGAAGUUGUAGCCCUCGAUGAGUGCUUCAUCGAAGACGCCGACAACAAGUUGGAUCAAUCCUGUGUUGCAAGGGGCACUGACAGUAUCGACAUGGGGCUUUUCGUUGAUGAACCAACUGAGAAUCUGGACCCACCGUAUUUUUUAUGA